GUUCCAACCGCUACCGGCCGCUCAGAACUUUCUGCUAGCGGUCGCCGCAGCAGCCUCGGUUGACUAGUUCAAUUUCAAAAUGCGCCAUUGCAUGAAGUAGGGAGCGGCCCACAAGCGCGCUGGAGAUAGACACCAUCUAGACGCAGAACCUCCUACUCCAUCUCGCAGGCCCCAUUUCGAUGGGCUCGGCUGUUCAGCAUGCUUGGUGAAUUUAAUAAAACGACAAGCUGAGCGUAACCCCAGCAACGCCUUGGAAACGCAUGAACUGGGCUCGCUGCGAGCCCUUGCUCGCACGCUGUCAACCCAGCAGACCGCAAACGAAGAUGUGGCAUGCAUAUGUAUGAAUAAGAAUCUCGCUGCAGCACAGAUCUCAGCACACGCUCACCGCGACCAAACACGAGCGCCAGUCAUUUGCGCCUGAACUUUUGGUCGGCGCGAGCGCCGCUACAUUAAGGACCUGACUGUAUAGCAGAUGGCGGCGAUGUGGUCGCAAAAGGGCCUCGCGGCGGGACUGCAUGCGAAGCGGCAGCGUGACAUCUUCGUGCCCAGCGUUCAUCGCAAUGUCGCUUGCGCUGCCUUCAGGACGCACUACGACGUGCUGCGGGUGCACCCACGCGCCAGCCAGGACGAGAUCCGUGCCGCGUUCCGCAAGCUCGCCAAGACGCUGCACCCGGACGUGUCCGCAUCGUACGACAGUGAGGAGGAGUUCAUGCGGGUCAAGGAGGCGUACGACACACUGGCUGACGCGGGCUCACGGGCACAGUACGACAGGGAGCUGCACCAGAUGGGCCGCCCGCAGCCCACCGCCCAGCCCAAGCCGCCGCACACCCCCGGCCAGUCGGUGCUGGGUCGCCGAAUGGGCCGCGCGCGCCCCGGCAGCAGCGGCGCCACGCGCGCCCACCACCAGCACCAGCGCCCGGUGACCAGCGGCCGCGGCCGCACCGUGCGCAACUUCAGCCCGCCCGGCAGCCCCAGCGCCUCAUUCGACGAGGACUCAUGGCUGUCACCGCCGCCGCCCAGCCCCCCGCCCACCACGCCGGUUGGAGCCACCAGCAUGAGGGCGGCUGCAGCAGCCUCGGCAGCAGCAGCAGCUGGCGCCGCGGCCGGCGCUACAGCCGGCGGCAGUAGCAGCAGCAGCGGCGGGGCCGCGGGCACCAGUUUCGGGGAGCGGGCGGGCAGCAGCAGCAGUGGGCGGUUCGUGUCGUUCGGGGAGGAUGCGCGGGCGUCCGUGUGGGAGUCGGCACCGUCCGUGUCAGCCUCGUCGUACUUUGGAGCUGAGCCACGUGGCAACGGCAGCUACUACUGGGACAAUGUUGCUACAGCCGCCGCCGCGGCAGCGGCGGCUGCUACAGCCGGCAGCGGCAGCGAGGACGAGAUGGAGGCGGUGCUGCGCGGCGCGGGCGGGGAGGCGGCGGGUGGGGAGGCGUGGGGUGCGCCCGCCACCGAAGCUGCUACUGCUGCUGCUGCUGCCGCCAGCGGCGGGGCUACCGGCGGUACUGCCGGUGCUGCUGCCGAGUACGCGGAUGCGCCCGCCUACACCGCCCAGCCGCAGUACACAGCGGAUGUCGGUGUGGUGGGCUCCUCGUUCGCGUCCGAUAACCAGUCAGGAUUCUGGGGCAGCGGCAGCAGCAGCAGCUGGGCAGGUGCCGCCGCGGCUGCUACUGCCGAGUCGGAGUCCGCAGCCGGCGUGUCGUUCGGCGGCGGCGGCGCUACUGCAUGGGACGAUGUGCCGUCCACUCCGCCGCCGCCAGCCACGCCGCCGCCGCCGCCGCCGCCGCGGCCCGUCAACCCCUGGUCAUCCUACAUGUCCGCGUUCAGCAUGCCAGCCACAGAUGUGGGCAGUGUCGGCAGUAGCUUUAGUAGCGAGUACGCGGCUGCUAGCGCCGCCUACUCUGGCUCGUCCGAGCCCGCGGCAGCAGCACCGGAGCCGCCGCUCGAGGUCAGCGAGCCCGCGAGCGAUAGCCCAGCAGGAGAAGUAGCAGCAGCAGCGGGCAUAGCUGCUACUGCCGCGGAGACGGCGCCGGCGCCGGCGCCCGCUGCUGCUACAGCCACGGGCAAGGAGGCGGCUGUAGCAAUGGCACGGGCCACGGCGGCGCAAGCUUCCGCCGCCGCCGCCGCCAGCGCGGCAGAGGCUGCGGCGGCGGCGCUGGCCACUGCAUCUAGCUCCGCGGCGGCGGCGCUGGCGGCGGCGACGGAGGCGGCCACGGCGGCGGCGGGCGCGAUGGCCGAAGCGGCGGAGAUGCGCCAGCGGUUGGCGGAGGCGGAGGUCCGUGCGGCGGCGGCGGAGAUGAAGGCGGCGGCGGCGGAGGCGCGUGUGGAGGCGGCGGAGGCGCGGGCGGCGGCGGAGCAGGCGCGCGCGAGCGCCGCCGAGUCCAAGGCCGCGGUGGCGGAGGGCCGCGCGGCGGCAGCGGAGGAGGCCGUGGCGGCGGUGGGGCGGAAGGCCACGCUCGCGGAGUCGCGCGUCGCGGCGGCGGUGGAGCGGGCGGCGGCGGCGGAGGCGAAGGCUGUGGCGGCGGAGGGCAAGGCGUCGGAGCUACGCUCGCGGCUGCAGGCGGUGGGCGCGGAGCUGGCGGAGGCGCGGGCGGCGGAGGCGAGGUCACGUGCCGCGGAGGAGGCGGAGGCGCGCGCGGCGACGGAGGCAGAGGCGGCGGCGGCCCUGGUGGAACAGCGGGCGGCGGCGGCGGCGGCGGAGCUGGCCGCGGUGAGUGCGCGGGCGGCGGCGGCGGAGAGCCGCGCAAGCGCAGCGGAGAAGCGAGUGGGCGAGAUGCGGAUGCAACUGGCGGAGGCGGCGGCGCAGAUGGCAGAGAUGCAACAGGCUGCCGCACCGGCGGCGCCGCCGCGGCCACGGCCGCCACGGCCAUCGGCACGGCCGCCCGCCUCCCCCGCCUCCCCCGCCACGCCCGCCACGGCACCUGGAGCGACUUCAACUUCCCCACCGCCGCCCACUACGGCCGCCGCCGCCGCCACCGCCGCCACCGCCGCCGCCGCCGCCGCCGCCGCCACCCGGCAGCCCGAUGUGGACAGCGGUGCUACCGGGCGGCCAGGCGUGAAGCAGGGGCCGACCGCAGCGGCUGCACAGACGGUAGCAGCAGCACGGAGCGACGGGAGCAGUAGCAGCACCAGCACCAGGGGCGCCAGCGACAGCAGUAGCAACGGCAGUAGCAACGGCAGUGGUAGCGGCAGUAGCAACGGCAGCGGCGCUCGUGCUGGCCAUGCGCAUGGCAGUGGCAGCGUCGCCACCCGCAGUCAGCGGUUCGAGAAGGCGGCUGCUGCAGCGACGGCGGCGGCGGCGGCGGCACAGGGCGCCCCACAGGCCCGACCCGAAACGGCGGCGGCCGGCGCCAGUGGUGGUGGUGGUGCGGCGGCGGCCUCGGUGGCGGCGGAGGCGGCGCAGGUGGCGGAGGUGAUGGCGCGCAUGGCGGAGGCGCACACCCUGUUUGGAGGCGGCAGUAGCAGCAGCGGCCCGAGCAGUAGCACGGCCACCAGCACGACGACAGACGGCAGUAGCAGCAGCAGCCCGGACGCAGUCACGCCGGCACAGGCUGUAGCAGCACCAGCGCCAGCAGAGGUAGCGGCGCCGCCACCGCCGCCAGUGGCGCAGCAGCAGCAGGUUCCGGAGCCGGCGCCGGCGCCUGAGGAGGAGGAGCAGGUGGAGGUGUUCAGCAGCAUCAGCGGCUCGUGGGACGACAGUGCGGACGUGGGCGACUGGGUGGGCGACUGGGGCUGGGACUCCUCCGGAGCCGACGACGACGACGGCGAGCGGGUGGCAGCGCUGGCGCGAGUGGAGGCGGCGCUGGCGGCGGCGGCGGCGGCCGCGGCGGCGGCGGCUGCGGCGGAGCAGCAGCAGCCGCAGGAGCAGAGGCUUGCAGUGGACGCCGCCGCAGAGGACCUGGUGGCGGCAGUGGGAGCAGGUGACGGCGCCACAGACGCCGACCCCCCGGCUGGCGCAGCAGCCGCAUCACGGGAUGACGAGGCGCAGCAGCAGCAGCAACAGCUACAGCCUGAGCUACAACCGGUGCGGGCGGGCAUGGCUACAGCCUCCUCGUCUGGUGAGGCAGGAGCGGCCGGCAUCUCCUUCCACGGGCCAGGUGCGCCAGCCAGCAGCACCGGCAGUAGCACGAAUGGCGGUAGCACCACUGGCAGUAGCAGCGGGGGUGCGGUGUCAUCUGGCACGGGCCGGGGCCGCAGCGGCAGCCCCAUCCAGUCCGCCGGCGUCUACUACACCUCAAGCUAUGAGGGGCUGCUGCGGAGCGACUCGCCAAGCGGCAGUAGCAGCAACGGGGGCAGCAGCGGCAGCAGUAGCAGUGGCAGCGGCAGCGGCAGCAGCACCGCUGCCCGUGCGACGGCUUCCAGUUCGAACGCUGGGCCCGCUGGCGCCGCUGCGAGGCAGCACCCGGGUCCAUCCGGGAGCAGUGGCAGUAGCAGCAGCACCGGCGGCGGCAGUAGCAGCAUCUUCUCGCGGCCGCAUGGCGGCGCCGCGCAGCCCCGGCGCACGCUGCGUGUACGGCACGACCCCGCCGCGAGGCGCAGGGCCGUGAGCAUUUUCGCGGCAAAGGCAAUGACUGGCGGGGCUCAGGCGCCGCUGCGGUUCGCGCUUGGGCCGCGCGGGGGCGGCAGCAGCGGGGCUGGGGGCAGCGCCGGCGCCGGGCCCAACGCGGGUGCUUGAGUGGCGGUCUCGUGGUGCGCGUGGUAAGCACGCGCCGUGCCGUGCGUGCCAUGCCAGCCAGCCGGCCACCGGGAUCUGGUUGCCUGCUUUCGUAUGGGUCAGACAGCGGCUCCCGAUGUACCAUAUCCGCAUGGACGGACGCUGGGCGCGUGUCCAACGGGGCCGCAGAGUUUUGGUGUUAACACGUGCAGUGUGGGUGGGAGGGUAGGUAAAUUCGGAGGUUGCGGCACAAGCGACGCUGAGCCAUUGGUCACGUGUCUAGCCAUUUUGGGAUUUAAAGGUUGGCUCAAACCCCCGCGUGCGUCGCCGGGCGCGCCUGCGGCACACGCAGCUGUAUUUGUAGCGUGCUUUGUGUUUGUUGCAAGAUACUCGAUGUGUGGAUCGUCGCCAACGAGUUAAGCAGCCGCGGAUUUGCCCGCAUCGUGAUCAAGGGCUGCCGUGCAAUUUUGUGAUUUCGCAUGGUCUAAUGUCGUUGUUAUUGUUCAUACCCAUGUGCUGCGAAUGCAGGCAGUCAUAAGAGGCAGACAAGCAGGUAAGGCUGGCGGGUUGCGGUGAAACGCUCUUAGAUGUGGAUUCAAGGAUGGGUAGGCGGCGCGGGGGUCCAGAGGCGGAGAUGAGCGUUGAUAACCUCAGCAAGGGGCUGCGGUAGGUGUCGCGGAUGCAGACGCAAGCGCUUGUGUGCGCCUGCCGAAGAGAUUGUGCGUUGUUUCUGCAGAGAUCUUGCCAGCAGCAAAUUGGCUUGCCCUGCAGACAGUAGGCGUGAAGCGUGAAAGAUGAAUAGGCUGCAUGGCAAGGGGCAGGACGGCGGGCAAAGCCGCAAAAGGAAGUGAGAGGCAGGUGAGGAGCAGGGGCCGAGGCGUCAAGCACCACGUGCACAAGGUGUCCGGUGUUGUCAGUCAUCAGUUGUGUGUUUCUCCGCACGGACUGCACCCCGAUGUAACAGCGGGGACAA